AGAAAUUCAUCGGAAGUGUAGGGAGUUGCGGAAAUCCUAUACCUCCGAACUUAAUUUGAACGUUACCAUGCACGGAAAGGAAGAAGCAGAAUGUGGACUUGUUGCCCAGCUCCUCAGUUCAAGUUCUUCAAAACCCCACUGACAGGCGGUGUUUGCAUAAGAACAUCCGUACUUCGCUAGGGCAACCCAUCCGAAGAAGGCUUCCGGUUCCUGCAAAGGGAAGUGGGCCUUUCACAUCCGGUUCGCGUUUCCUGGAGGGGAGAAAGCAUGGAGGCAAAGAUUGGGUCUCAUUCCGGCAAGAUGUCUCCUCGAAAAAGACAUCGGACGGGAGAGCAUCGGCGUGAAGUAACCGUCUCCGAAGAGGACGUCCACCGAGCUCAGCACUUGGCUCUCCUCGCGGAAAAGCCCGCCUCGGAGCGUGGCCUGGAGGAGCUGGUCUUCGGAGAUGUGGAGGAAGGCGAAGGUUUGCUGCGGCGGUUUCAAGGCUCGUGCGCCCAGGCUAGUGAUGUGGUUAGUAUUAACCUUCCCGAAGAAGAAUCUGGUGAUUCUGAAACGGAGAAUGACACAGAAGACAACUUCCUUCCACUGAAAAAGCCAGCAUGGGUAGAUGAGGAUGAUGAAACUGAAGAAACAAUUGACAUGACACAUCGGUAUCGGAAAAACAUGAUGAAAAGUGAUGCAGAAAAGAAGCUUUCAAAAAGAAAAGUUCAAAGAAGAUUUAAAGAACAGUUUCAAAGUGCUAUGGGAACAACACCUUCUUGGGCACUGAGAGGCAUGAAGAAGAAAACAAGGAAAACCAAGCAUGAAGGUGACAGUGAGGAUGAAGAGGAUGAUGAUCUGUUACGCAAGACAGGCAAUUUUGUGGUCAUGUCCGACUCUUUACCAAGAGGCAUUUUACAGAUGAAAAAUUGCUUGCCUGCCAAUAAUGAACGUAUAUCAGAUGCCAAACUGACAACUGUGCAAUUUCAUCCUACUGCUCAAGUUGUUAUGACAGCUGGGCAUGAUCGAUCUAUAUCACUAUUCCAGGUGGAUGGUAUCACAAAUCCAGAGAUACAGAGCAUUCACUUGGAAGACUUUCCAAUUUACAAGGCACAUUUCAGUGCAGAAGGAGAACAGGUUAUAGCUACUAGCGUACAUAACAAGCUAUUUUAUAUAUAUGACAUGAUGGAAGGAAAAAUUAUUCCUAUAAAUCAUAUCAGAGGAUUAGAGGAGAAGAUUAUCAAAAAAUUCGAAGUAUCUCCAGAUGGAACAUUCCUGUUGCUUAAUGGGACAUCAGGUUAUCUUCAUUUGAUUACAAUGAAGACAAAAGAAUUUGUUGGAAGCAUGAAAAUAAAUGGAAAGGCUGUUGCAUCAUCAUUCUCUCCAGAUGGCAGCAGAAUCUACACACAUUCUGAUGAGGGUGAAGUCUUCAUAUGGGAUGUGAAAAGCAGGCGGUGUCUGAACAGGUUUACUGAUGAAGGUUGUCUGCAUGGUACUUCUAUUGCAGUCUCUAAAAACAGCCAAUUUAUUGCAUGUGGUUCUAGUUCUGGAGUUGUGAAUGUGUAUGCACAUGAUGAUUGUGUAAGAGAAACAAGUCCUAAGCCUCUUAAAGCUAUAAUGAACUUAGUUACACCUGCUACAUCGUUAGCAUUCAGUCCAACAACUGAAAUACUAGCAAUGGCUUCUAAUAAAGUCGAUGAUGCCCUGAAACUGGUCCAUAUUCCUUCAUUUACAGUAUUCUCAAAUUUUCCUGUCUUCAGGAGAAAGUUAUUAUAUUUAGCUUACUGUAUGGAUUUCUCACCAAGAAGUGGAUAUUUUUCCAUAGCAAACAACAAAGGCAAAGCUUUAUUGUAUAGGUUGAAACACUACUCUGAUUUCUAAAAUGACUACCUUAAAAUCGGGUAAUUAUUAAAUGAAGUAGAUGACUUAAAUUGUUGCAAAGUUUGGAAGGAUUUAUUUCAUCUCUUGCAAAAAUGUUUUCGUCAUUUAUAUAUAACAAUAAAAAAUGUAGAAUUCAAGAAAUUGUACAAAAGCAUGAUGGAGGUUUAGGGAUAUCAAAUUUGAAACAGUUUGUAUCAUUAAGAAUUGAAAUAAUGAAAUAACAACAGUGUGAAUUACCGUUCCUUUUUCUUUUUUUCUUUUUUUUUGGUCUUGAGGAUAAAUACAUUUAAAGAAAUGAAAAAUAAACAAUUAUAUAGUACUAGAAGUAUCCUUCAAGUCAAUUCCUUCAAGGACAUGUAGUUUUUUAAAAAUAACAUGGAAGUGGCUUGCUAUUGCCUUCUAAUGGGAUUUUUUUUUCUUCAAUUUCCCAGUAUAGCUUACAGUCCUGUGAGUUUCUCAUCCAAGUACUAACCAUGUCUGACCAUGCUUAGCUUUUUAGUAUCAGCCAAGGACAAUUAAAUGUUGCCACCUAGCUGGGAUUUUAUAGAAUUAAAUAAUUAUUAAUAGAGAUGCCAUUAGUAUUGAAUAUAUUUUGCAAAAAGAAUUAUGACACCUAUCAACUGUGGUUUGAAAUGACUCAACCUCAGUGACUCCUUCAUAAAAUGUAUUGGUCUCAUCUUAAAACUGUUACAACAUCUGAAGAUUGAGGUAUAUCAAUUUAAUAGCAAAGCGAUUUUACCACUGUUAUUUAUUAUUCUUAUAUUGAGUAUGACGUUCUCUUGAAAUUCUGGGAGGAUGAUUUGGGAUGGAAGUUGCUGAAUCCUACUAAAGUAUUUCAUGGCUUUAGAACUUUUAAAUCUAAUCACAAUUAGUCUAUCCUUUUGGUUGAAACUUUUUGAAGAAAUUGGGAAUAACACCCAACAGUCUAUUACAGCAAAUCCUGCUGUUGGUUUAUUGUCCAUGUUUCCUAACACAUAUAAAUGCAACAUAAGAAAUUGAUUUAGCAUUAUUAUCUCAAAACAGUGGAGAACUAAAGGGCAAAUUCAUUGGAUCAAUGGAAUUUAAUACUAUGGAAAAUAGUUCUGGCUGAAAAGUUGUACAAAAACAAAGAGCUUUAAAAAGCAAAACAAUGAAGGAUAAAAUUACUCAAAUCUGGUCACAGUUAUAUUAACAAUACUUUUCCUAAUGAAUUACCUUCAGAUGUACAAAUGUUAUAUUGUUCAGAUGUUCAGUAGAAAUAUUAAAUAAGGAUGUUUAAAAGUUUGCAUUUGCCCUUAAAAUCACAUCUGUGUUUGCAUGUGUGUGUGUCAUAUUUUUUUCUCUAAUCGUGUUUGUUUUUCUUAUUGGUUUGUUUUCCUUUUUAAUUAAACACAUUAAUUAAAUUUAAUUAAAAAGAGGAUACUUCCUUACUUAUUAGUGAAUGUUAUCAGGACAAAUGCCACUGUAGAUUAAAAGCUCUUUGAUCCCACAGAGUAUUAAUCAGUGUAAGAAUAGUUGGAGUUGUCAUCAACUUUUCCUCUCUGCAAGGGGAAAUAGAAUUGCAGGAAACAUACUCUUUACAGGUAUGACUUGCAGAAGGUUCUGCUGAAACAAACAUUCUGAUGAUCAGCAGGACAAUGAUUAGCUACAAUCAAGUGUCAGUCUAUCCUCAUUUUCAUAACAUUUGUGAGAAUCAAAACCUUGUAUUGCAAAUGUUAUUAGUAAGCUUCUUCUAAUAAAUGAACCUGUUGUGAAGAUGUGCAAAUUGGUGUGGCUCUGCCAUAUAAGCUUAAACUGAAAAAAGGACAGUUUUUAAGUAUCUGUGCACAUUAGCCUGUAAGGAUUUCUCUUCUGACUAAGCAAGUAUAGAAUUUUGUUGCACAGACACGCCUCAGUGUGUUAAAUUUUCCUAAUUUUAGAAUGUUGAUUUUCUAUAUCUUUUGUAGAAAAAAUGAAAUAGAUAUAUACUGUACGUGUUCAGUAAACUUGGUAUUAAUACAUGUUUAAUUAUUUUAAUGUCUUGCUGAUUCAAUAAACAGGCAGUGAAAGGGUUUUUGUGGAGUGCAAUCUAAUAAAAAUGUGUUGACUGACUUCAUUUUUUCUUUGCUACAGAUGGUGCAACCUGUGGUUCUAAGAAAAUAGAUUUAUUUUUAUUCAUUGCCUUAAUGUUUUAAAAAUAAGUAUUUCAUCACCAAUAAAUGUUUUUGAUCAUUUGCAAA